UGUAAUCUUCACUUGUGUGUCGGCACUUUAAUCGUCAUACAGAGUAGAAUACACGCUACACCACCUUUGUUUGGCUUUCAAGACGAGUCAACAGCUUUAUCAAAGGGGUUCUAGAGGCCCUUGUACACUAUCUCUUACAGAUGUAUCCUGUUUGUCGUGACUAUUUGCUUUUUAAAAUAAUACAAUGGAUUAAUAAGAAAAUUGUAUUCUUCACAGGAUUUGUUAAAUCGAUUUGAUCAAUAUAAUGUUCUUUUAUAGAAACUUGAUCGAAAGCUAAACUCUUUGGAGAAAUAUUGAUACUUCACUGGUCUAAGUUGUAAAUGCAAGAUAGGUGAGGAUAUGCUUCAAAUCGAUCCAUGAAAACUGUGAUGUAUAUUACUGGUUAACAACAGACGACACUCUUUAAGUCACGUCCGUAAGAGAGUAAGGAUGGGAAGAGAUCAUUGGAUCACAAGGAACACUACUCCCGAGACUUAAGCUAACUUACCAGUGUUCAUCUGAAACUCCAUGUAAAAUCACUGACGGAUUGCUCAAUUAAAAAUCAUGGACGAUCAUUUAAGCAAUCUUUCCUGGUUGAAGACCUUGCUCAAUAAUCAGAAUCCAAAUGUGACGGUAGCUAUAUCGCGACUGGAGAUGUUCAUCCACCUUUACAACAAGUCGGAGGAGGAACUUCUCAACCAAAUAUCUGGAAUUAUUUCUGAUUCAGUCCAGCCACAGGAUUCAGUGGAAGAUUAUGAAGAAUAUCAAAUCCAUCGAUUCUUACGACGUUACGUACCUCCUUUCCUGAUGCUCAUCGGUCUCGUUGGUAAUGUGAUGUCAUUUUUCAUAUUACGUCACAAGUCCAUGGCGCGACAUUCAACAAAUCACUUCCUUGCCGCGUUAUCAAUUGCAGACCUCAUUGUAUUGUUCGCUGGUCUAUUUCGAUUAUGGAUAGGGGAGAUUCUUGACAAUGACUUCCAAAAUGUAUCAGAUUUCAUGUGUAAGAUUGUGAAUUUAUUAACCUACAGUUCUAGUCAGUUUUCUGCGUGGUUGGUUCUGACUGUCACUGCAGAGAGAUAUAUUGUUGUGUGCCAUGCUCUUCAAGCCUCACGUUGGUGUAGCAGGGAACGAGCCAGAAAAACAGUUAUUCUAUUGGCUAUUAUUUUCAUCCUUAUCAAUUUGCACCUAAUAUGGACCAUUGGAAUACGGAACGAUACUGCUCAAGGAAAACCACAAUGCGAUGGUCUGGCCAAUUAUGAAUUCCUAGUAAGAAAGGUGUGGCCUUGGAUCGAUGCGAUAUUAUACUCUACCAUUCCAGUGAUCGCAAUUUCACUUUUUAAUAUUCUAAUCAUACGACAAGUGCUCAUUGCCACUCACAGUCGCAAAUCCAUGCAGCAAGUUCCUUUGAACAAAAUCGAGUUGAAGAGGCGCUCAAAAAACAAGAGCUCUAAAUUAACCAUCAUGUUGUUAACAAUUUCGUUCACCUUCUGUGUGACGACUUUACCAAUGAAUGUCGUUAUGAUCGCCAGCUACCAAGUGGGAAACAACCCAAAAGAAAUGGCCAAACUCUGGUUGGUUAGGACAACAGCGGAGUUGUUAAUGUACCUUAAUCAUUCCAUUAAUUUCUUUCUGUAUUGUGCCACAGGACACAAAUUUCGUUCCAUUGUGCUACGAAUUGUGUGCAGGAUUUCAAACAUUUCGGAUCAUAGCCAGCAUAUUUACUGCUCUGGUGGAUAUAACGGUAAUGCUUCCGGAGGCUGUAUCCACAACAAAGAGGCAGACUCCUCCAACAAUGAAGGGGUUACAAAUCAAGUCACGGCGUUAUAAUAACGAAACCAUCGAACGGACGGCGAAGAAUGUUAUCCAAUUGUUGUAAAGUUAAGAUGUCUCCUUUGUUGGACAUGAUUUACUAUUUUCUGCGAAUGAAACAGGUUCAUAGCAUAUAGUAGCUGCAGAACUGCAGCUAAGCAUAUAGCUAACACGGAAAAGAAACGAAAACAAAAUUAUUAAUGCUAAAUUGUUUACAAAUAUUAAACUUAAUGGAAAUACAAUUAAUCUGUACACUUUUAAACAUGGUAUUGCAUUAGUGUUCAAGAUACAGAUAAUUGUCUAAAAAUUUCCCAAGCGUGUUCGAUUGGUAAAAGAGCUGUAGUGACCAAAGCAGCGUUAGAUAUUGAUUUGACGAAGGAAAUCCACACUGCGUGAAAUACAAAUAAAAUCAUUUUUAACUUAGUCUUGCUGAAUCAUUAUGUAUGGUGCUUCACUGAUGGAAUAACCACAACCUGUGAAAUGGAUUCUUCAUAAGAUUGUGCAGUUAAAAAUUCCUCGAUGACCAUACAAGGAAUAUUCCGUCCCUUACAGGCACCCUUAUAUUAUUAUUUCACAACUCCGAAGCUCGGACAUUCAACGACGUACUGUUCUUCGUAACAUUCUCUUCGACAUCAAACAAUUUCGAGCGGUAAAGGGUGUAUCGCAAUUUAUCCGAAAACGGAACAUGUCUUCAAAUUUACAUAGAAAUCACAUUUUGUCGAUCCUGUCGACGUCAUUCAACCCCAGGACGACCCUGUCAGACGUAAUCACUUUGUACAGGCGUGAAAUAAUCCGUCUGUGGAUAUGCACGGCUCUUACAACGUCGUUUUGAGAAUUUCCAGCAAAAUCAUGCCAUCAUAUUUGAUUUAUAUAAUUACAUGUAGUAAUUAAACACAGGAUUUUACGUUUCUGUUACGUGUUCGUAUAAUAUAUUUUCAAAACAUUACCAGAACAAUGUCUAAUUGAAAACAACCCAACCCCCGUUGUAAAAUUAGUUCAAUUCUUCUGCAACUUCACAACGUAAUUAUCGGAAAAUACCAGUAUUAUAUUAAUAGUCAUAAACUUAGUAAUUGGUGCGUGAUUACAUGUCCUCAUUAAUUUACAAACAGCUUAUUUUGGGAUAGAGAGUAAGUGUGAUCUUUACUGCAGAAGGAAGCAUUAGAUUCCAUUGAUUUUCAGAGCUUUUUAAUCAUCAUUAGUGAUACGUCGUAUUGUUUAUUACCAUAAACCAUUAUUGUUCACAGACUUAAUGUAUAUACACGAAACAGUCUGUACAAAAAUGCAUAUUAAUCAUUUUCUGCGCGACAUAUAUGGAAUACAAACCAAUAUAGUCAACGUAAAACGAGGGGGAAAAUAAAAUUUUCUAAUCAUGAAUGACAUGAAAUAAAAGCAAAGAAUCAGUAAUAAUAAUAAUGAGAAUAAUUUUCUAAAUCAUAUAAUAUAUUAAUUUUCUGCUUUUGAAUUAAAUACUUAUAAAGAUAUUUUCCCAGUUAACAUAAUUUUGUAACAUUUGUUGAAAGUGAUACUUGGAGAAAUAUUUCUUUAAGUAUAUUUUUUCACUUUAUCAAAUAAUUGACAAACCCCGAAUAAAAUGAUACUCAACUUUAAAUGACUAAUUCCUAUCAUUUUAAAAUCUUAAACAGUAUAUUAACAUUCUAUAUUUCUGUUCCAAUGUAAUGGUUUCCACCUUAAUUCAAAAUAUACCAUCACAGAAACUGUAUUGUUCGUAAAACCUGGCAUUUUUAAAAUAAAAAUCCCGUGAAUACUUUAUACUCGUUUCUGGAGAGAAAACACCCUCCAGUGAUAAUAAAACGGAAGCCCCUCUCCCGUCCCCUCGACCACACCUCAAGGUGCUUAUUUUGAUCAGAUUGUAUUGUACUGUUUAUUACCAUGAACCAUACAGUUCAUAAGUUUAAUGUAUGUAUAUGAAAAGUUUUGUACAAAUUUGCAUAUUGUUCUGUAUGACAUAUAUAUUGUACUGUUCAACAGGCGCUGUUACGUUCUACACCCUGUACUGUGAUGUUAUUGUAUGAAGCCAAUAUGCUCAUUGUUGAAAUCAAUCUUACACCGUCUUCUACAGUCACUGUAUAACGAGAUCAUUGUUGUAUUGUAUUUUGGUAUUUGUUUUGCAUUGUUAUACAAUUAUAUUGAAUAUAUUAUUGAAAUAAAACACAAACAAUUUAUGUGCAAA